GUUAACCCGAUUUAAGACGGCAAACUGUUUUCAAAUUAAAUUUCUAUUUGAAUUUGCAAAUGCGAGUUAUGGCUCCUCAGUCAUCUGUUUUGAGACGCGUUUAUGUUUACUGGUCGUAGAAAGCUGGACGUGUCGGACAGGACUGACAGAACCAGUGCGGGGGUUUUUUGCAAACUUUUGAUUUCCACAUUUGCAGAGGAAAACAAAAGGGGGUUGGGAGACAAACUUGUGCACACAUGAUCGUGAUCGUAGCACAGAAGAAAACCGGGGGGUGGAUGCGCUAUAGACGCCUGGAGGGGAUUCAGAAUGAAAGCGCGUUGCGUCUGAAAGACAGAGGGGGGGUUGAACCCUCCUCCCUUUUCACCACGAUUAACCCCAGAAAGGGGGAUUUCUCCAGCUGGGUUUUUUAUUUUUUUAUUUUGCUGCGUCAAUGACAAGUCUCUUAGACUUAUCAGACAAGACACACAGAUGAAGUGAGGCUUUUUAUUUUGAAUAUAUAGAGCUGUCGUACGAUUUAUUUUUAUUCAUUUGUAGAAGGCAGAAGUAUUUGAGUAGGAUCAUCAUCUGAUCCUAGAUGAAAGUUGAACAGCACCCGCGUCAAGUAUUUUUUUUUUUUUGUUUUUGUUGUGUUUUUUACUGAAAGCGUCUCCUGCCAACGGCUGUCCUAUCGAACCGGUCAGUUCCGUCUUCCUCCAUUUUCUACCAUGUGACAGCGGGGGAACAACCCCCACUUCUCUUUGAAAAGCUGUGCGUACGGACGUCGGAGAGCGUCUGGCUGUCAUGCACCGACUUAACCACAGUCAGGUGGAUGCUCACCAUCAUGCAUAAGGAGGUUGACAGAUUAGUCGCAGCAGGGCUGCCAAGUUUUGAGCGGAGCUGGGAGGGACUGAAAAAAGUUUUUCUGUGAGCAACAUCUCUGUUUAGUUUUACAACCAGUUGCUCCGACAUAUGGAUGAGAUCAAUCAAACUCGUUAUAGGUACAGUUUGCCUAUGUACAACAAGAUGGGGUUGUUUUAUUUGUUUUCGUUGGCCUACUUUGUAGAAAUUGGUAUUCAAUCAUUAUUAAAUAACCUGUCUUAAAAGCAAACUUUCACACACACACACACACACACCCGCACACACACUUCUGGUAACGUCACAAAGGACAUAAGGAAAGUGAUAAUGGCUAUUUUCAGUUUGUUUUGUCUUACGUUUUGGGUGAAAGUCCCUUACAAAGGCAUUUAUGAAUUUGGUAGAACUGCAGUAAAAAUAUUAACUUUCUGUGUGUUUCACAUAACUGCAGAUCCAUCAUUUUUUAUCGUAAACCCACUUUUAGGACUAUGUUUUUGUGAAAGCUCACUAUAGCAGUAUGAGGUUUAUUGCUAAACUUUUUUUUUUUUUUUUUUUUUUACAGUAAGUUUACUUUUAUUAAAUGAACAAACGUGAUCCUAAAAGGAAAUCUAGAUAUAACUAUUUUUUUUUUUUGCGCUUGUGAUAGUCGUGUGGAAUCAACAAUCUCUUUCUCUUAUGAAAAUCAUAAGCUUCAGCAUCAGAGGAGUGGAGCACCAAGAAGAUUUUAUCUGUUUUUUAAUUUAUGCCAGAUGUUUUGAGGAGAGGCUUUUGUUCAGCUACACAGAUGAACAACAGGAAGGAGGACAUGGAGAUCUCAUCUCACUACCGUCAGCUCCUCAGAGAGCUCAAUGAGCAGAGGCAGCAUGGCAUCCUUUGUGAUGCCUGUGUCAUCGUGGACGGAAAGAUCUUCAAGGCCCAUAAGAACGUCCUUCUGGGCUCCUCACGCUACUUCAAGACUCUUUACUGCCAGGUUAAGAAAGGAGCCGAGCCUCCCCAUCAGACUACUGUUACACACCUCGACAUCGUGACGGCGACCGGCUUCAAAGCCAUCUUGGAUUUCAUGUACUCAGCACACCUUGCCCUUACCAGUAAGAAUGUGAUUGAGGUCAUGUCGGCCGCCAGUUACCUGCAGAUGACGGACAUCGUCCAGGCCUGCCACAGCUUCAUCAAGGCCGCUCUUGACAUCAGCAUCCGCUCAGAGAUGGCCGAUGAGCUGGCUGACUUUGAAAUGGGAGCUGUUGCUGCAGGUUUAGGAGGAGGAAGUGGUGUAGUUGGGAAUGGAGGAGGGGUCGGUCUAGCUGGAGCAGGGGGUGUUCCAGGAGCUAGUUUGGGGAGAGGGGGUGGGAUAGUAGGUAUAGCCUCUGAAGCUUUGGCGUCCAUCAUUUCUGGUCGCAGCACCUCUCCCUGGCUGGCACGCCGAACUAGUCCAGCCAACUCCUCCGGAGAUUCAGCCAUUGCUAGUUGCCAUGAGGGAGGCAGCACGUAUGGGAAGGAGGACCAAGAACCCCCUAAGAGCCAUGAGAGCCAGGAGGAAGUAUGCCAUGACUCUCAACCCGCCUGGCCUCAUGACUAUAGGCCGGUCAAUGUCAAAGAAGAACAGGUUUCCCCUGCCUCCUCUUCUCAUCCAAGGGACACUCCCAAGGGGUCAACCCAAAGCCAAGUAGAACAAGGGGCAGGGGGAACUAGUGGUGGAGGUGCUGAAGGGCCCUGGCAGCCCCUAUCAGGGUCCGGUCGGAGGAAGAACCGGAAGAACAAGGACACAGUCAGACAUAUCACCCAGCAGUCUGAAAGAACCUGGGAUCGGCAGCGGGACCGGGAAAGAGAGAGGGACAGUAGGCCUGGAUCUCCUCUGCCCUCCAUGCUAGCUGUCACUGCUUGGAACUACAACGGCCAGGACAUUCCAGGGGCAGACGUGACCGAACCCAACAGCUCAGACAGCCGCGGUGAGCGCCUCGAUUUCUUCCUCAAGCAGGAAGAGACUCUCGCCACAGAGUCGGGCUUCCUGGGCGCCAACGAAUCGGAGGAGGCCAGCGGAGGGGCGGGAGGCGGAGGCAUCUCAUCCGUAGCCAAUCUGAAGGCAGCGCUGAUGAGUAAGAACAGCCUGCUGUCGCUGCGGGCUGAGAUGAUAGGAGAUGAUAACCCCUUGCUGUAUGAGUACCUGCCCAAAGGAGGACACUCCCUGUCCUGGCUCCGCUCCAACAACUACUGCAGCUCACUCCGGCCAGGGGCCACGGGGGCCACUGUUCAUAACAAACAGGGCACUGGUUCCUCUCCUCCUCUUCCUCUUCUUCCUCCUCAUCUACCACCAUCACCACCACCACCACCACCACCCCAUCUGCCAUCAUCAACAUCAGCAUACAGCCCACCCUCUCCGCCCACACCACUGCACCUAUCCGAGCCUCGGCCCCUGGAGGCCCCUGGGCUGCGGGCCGGGGCGACACUGCUGCACUCAGAAGGACUGGACAUGGAAGUAGAAGAGGCUCCCGAGGGCACAGAGCUCUCCGCCUUGCCAGAGGAGAGGAUAAAGGAGAGAGAAGACAUGAAGGACUACAGCACAGCUUUGGAAGGUGACCAGUCCCCUGUCGAGAGAGAUCAGAUGGGCGAGGGGAGUUGUGCCGGUGGCUCGUCAGUGCCUGCGUCAGUGUCCGUACCUGGCAUGGGAUCUAAAGGGCCGCUCGCGCUGGUGAACGACUUCACAGUGAUCCGUAAAAAGUUCAAGUGCCCAUACUGCAGUUUCUCUGCUAUGCACCAAUGCAUCCUUAAGAGGCACAUGCGAUCCCACACCGGUGAGAGGCCGUACCCAUGUGAAAUUUGUGGCAAGAAGUUCACCAGACGGGAACACAUGAAGAGGCACACGCUGGUCCACAGCAAGGACAAGAAGUACGUGUGCAAGGUGUGCAGCCGGGUCUUCAUGUCCGCCGCGAGUGUUGGGAUCAAACACGGUUCUCGGAGGCAUGGGGUCUGCGCCGACUGCUCGGGCAGGGGCAUGGCCGCACUGCUGGACCACAACGGGGAGACGGGCGGGGACAUCUCCCCCGAGGAGGAGCUUUAUCCUGGGGACCGGUUUCACGACGACCAGGCGGAGUGCGAUGGGGACGGGGAGGGGGAGGAGGAAAUGAUGGUGGAAGGGGACGGUGAGAUUUUGGGAGAAGGGGAGGAAGAGGCGGGGAAGUGGAAGGACUCAGGGAUGGCCGCCGAGGCACACAGAGCACUGGACAAUGAGAAGGAAGAGAGCGACUCCUCGGCUCAGGAGGGGGAGCAGCAUAAUGGGAGUGAGAAGGACUUUGCUUGGAUCUCGUAGAACCCGUCAAGCCUCCUGCUUGUGGCUCGUCAACCAAUCUCUGGAGAUCUCCUCUGAUCUCUCAGGCAGAUUCCUCUGCUCACUUUACCCACUCGCCCACCCACUGUGGGCAGGCCUUCCUUUGUACGGAGAUGCUGUAGGGUGAUGCACGACAAUGAUCGAAACACUCAAACACUCCACACACACGCACGCACGCAUACACACUUUCUCAAGCUUGACCGCCAUAGAAGAAGAGUAAUCAAGAGAUGGCUUGAGUGCAAGGCUUUUUUUCCGCUUACCUCCUCCACUUCAGAUGCAGUGUUUUUGUGUUUCUUCUUCUUCUCGGGGGUUCAGGCUGGAGUCCAGGUGUUUUCUGCUCUGUCACAACAGGUAUCAGGCUGCCAAGGAAGCAGCCGGCGCUAGACUGCAGCUUUGUAUGUUUGCCAUCACAAUCUUUGCAGAAACCAAGGAUCACAGGCAGAGUUAGGGGGAACAGCCAGGAAGGAGGGUGUCUCAAAGCGAGAGUCUAAAUCUAUUGCAAAGAUCGAGUGUCAGGGUUGGGGGACUGCGAAGCCCCAAGUGACACAUUUUCUUUUUUGAGUCCUACUGCCACAGACUUGCACUUUAUUGACAACUGACUCCUAUCAAAGUCCUGAACCCAUGGUUUACAUUUUUAAUCUGAUCUUUACUUACCUGAACAACUCGGUGACCGCACCUACCUUUAAGGAUGUACCUUAUGUCUUCUCUGACUGUUAUCGCCAGAUAGAAAUCACUGAAUCUUUGUGCAGAUUGCUGAUCAUAGAGCCUAUGCCUUUUCAGUGGGGUCCUUAAUCUUUUCUUCUGUUAAGUUCACCACCUGGUUUCUAUUGAUCCAUUCCAACAGAAGCUGGAGAUUUGUACAUAAAGAUGUAAAAGAAAGGGAAAAUAAAGGCUGUGUGAGACAGAGAGAGACAGAGAAUGAACUUUGCUUUCACAAAUUGGGGAGUUUAAAACAAAACAUUUUUCUGCUCUGACAGUCGAUACGAGCACACAGUGGACCUACCUUACACUAACAAACACUCUUUGUCUCUCUCGCUUGUCUCUCGUGCUGAAGUUUGUGAAGAUAGGACCUGUGAGCCAAGUCUCUCACACCUUUUUUUUCUCUCCCUGUUUCUAUUCUGUUUUGUUUGAUUUCCUCCUUCCUCAGACGUGUAAAUUCCAGUUUCUCCACACAGAAUAUGCAGACACUUUUCACGGUUACUCUUUUGCGUGCUCCAGUUCCUCCUGCUUCGUGAGGUGUAAAGAAAAAGGAUCAACGUUGUGCGUAAAAUUCAGAGAUUUCAGUAUUUGUAGAGAGUGUAAUAUUGAUUUGUUAUUUAUUGAGAACCAUUUUUUCCCCCUCUCUGUGUCUAUGUGUGUGUGCGUGUGUGUGUGUAUGUCUGAAUGAGGGUCUGGCAUUUAGAAAGAGUCUACACUGAUUUUUAAGAUUAUUUCUGAAUUUUUUGGGAAAAGUUAUUGACAAUUCAAGUGAGGCCGGUGACAUGUCUUAUUAUGAAUAACUAUGAUUAUUGUUGUUGAUGUUACUAUUAUUAAUUAUGCUUAUUAAGUGCUGGAUGCUAAGCUUUACUGUGUGUGUUUCUUUUUUUUUGAUAUUUUAUAUCUUGUACAAAAAGAAAGCUUUUAUACUUUGCCUUGUUGUGGAUGGCAAGACAUGGGGCUUUAUAUCAACCUUUUAUUGUGUCAGUUUACCCUUUUUUUCUGUCGUAUUUACUUCUUUUUUUUGUACUAUUGAGGGGGAAAACACAUUCACUGUCCUGCUCCUCUGUUGAAUAUUGAUUGAAACAUUUACUCAGCUUAUGCUUUUUACACCACUAAUGUACACUAAUUGAUUAUUAUGGAACCAAAAAAAAAAAAAAGAGAAAAAUAUACCAAUCUAGUACUUUUGUAUACAUGAAGUGCUUUUGUUUUGCAGUCUGUGUUUUAACGAGUGCUUUUUGCCUUUAUAGUCGUGGUGAACGGUUCGUUGUUGGGUUGUUUUUAUUUUAUUUUGGGGUUUUUCCCACGAGCCUGUCGCUGUUCAUCACAAUCGGAUUAAAGAAGUGCACACGUUUGUUUUGGGGGUUUUUUUCUGGGUUUUUUAAAAUUAUUGUUGUUAUAAAUGAAGGGCUGCAUGAGAGGGAAAAGCUAGUUUUUUAAAGACUGCAAGCAGAUUAGAUUUUUAUUUUAUUUCUUCAGUUAUAGUGAUACAUAGUAAGGCAGCUUGCAGACUAAACACUCCUCUCUAACGCCAGUGUGUUGAGUCUGCAGUUUGGAUCUCAAUCUUAAGAAAAAAAAAAUGAAAAAAAGUGCUGCAGCUGUGACAUGUUGUGGAAAAUGUUGCCUGUGAUGGUUGUACAUGUCAGGCUCUCUGCUCUGCUGCCAUGGACUGUACUUCUCAUCAAAAAGAAAAAAAAAAAACCCUCAGCACAACUUGUGAUGCUUUCUUCAUUUCUAGCAGCUCUGCUGUCCAAUGUGUUUGAUCCAUUCAUCAAACUGUUCUUUAUUUCUGGGGUUAAAAAAAAAAGACAAUGGGGUAGAAAUUUUGAUGAAUGUUAGUAAUGGGUGUGGAAAGAGCCCAUGAUCAGUGACAAAUCUCUGUCCUGCGGUGCUGUUAUGGCCACUGAGAGACAUCUGGAUGUAUGUUUGCUUCCCCUGGACCCUUCCUACCCCACACUUUACUCUCUUCUCACGACCUGUGCUGUAUGUCCUCUUCCUCAUUCCGGGUUGUAUUUCAGGAAAACGUCCGCCAUCGACUCCUCAAUAUGUGCCUCAAUGACAUUUUCUUUCACCCGCGUGCUUGUGAGAGCGACUCCGUGCAGAGAUGAGAUGAAUACUUGUGUGUGUGGAUAGAGAUUACGGAGAUGUGUUUUUUUUUUUGUUGUUGUUUUUUUCUCCUAAGAAGACAAAUCAUAACGGGGCAACUAGAUACUCCCUCCUUUCCUUGACCUUUUGUGCCCCAAUUCUGUGGUCUUAACUUGCAUGCCUGUGUUCAUUUCUGUCAUACCAAAGCAACAUCUUCGGCAUCUGCACACGGCGGUCUCAUUCCACACAAUGCAAAACUGGAAAUGUUUGCUCUUUUUGCAGAUGAAUAUGGGUAUUCUUUGACGUGUACAAACUGCAAUCCUCAUUCAGCCUGUAUAGCUUGACUCACACGUGAAAAUCAUGAAGCCAUAGAUAUGGGUAUAUCUAUAUUCUACUAUAUUUAAAAAAAAAAAAAAAAUGGCGCUUUUUACUUUAGAUUUUGUUCUUCUACUAAGAGUGAUGUGUGUAUACCUUCAUAUAUAUGAAUUUAUAUUACUAUUAUAUAUUAUUUAUUUACUCUUUCAAGUUUCAAAGGGUCUUUCAUUUGUAAAAGGUCACACUUGAAGCUUGAGGUUUGUUUAUUUUUGUUGGGAAUAUUUGUUCAAUAUGAUACUGACUUUAUAAUGAUUAUUAUCAUAAUCCUGUGUUUGUAACAAAAUGUGGUAAAUAAUCAGAAAAAAAAAACGGUCCUGUUUUUACUCCUGUUUUGUUGUUUUUUGGCCAGAUUUAAGUGCUCUUGUGCUGAUUUCAUUUUUUUUUUUUUUUUUUGGUUGAUAGUACUGAUCACAGAACAUUUUUACAGUCAACCAUAAGCCUUCUGUUUCGAUGUUGGGUCAAGCCCGCGAGUUGUCCAAGCCUCUUUCUAACUUCAUGUUUAGUGGAAGAAUUAGCUUGACUAUUAUUUGCAAAAUCCAAUCAGUCUCAAUAAAUUUUGAAAUUGCUGCUGUAAAGACA